GCUCCCGCGCGCCAGAAGCUGCCCAGUUAUGGACCGCAACCCGUCACCGCCGCCGCCUAGUCGGGACGAGGAUGGGGACGAAGCGGCCGGCGGGGACUGUAUAGGCAGCACGGUCUACAGCAAGCACUGGCUCUUCGGCGUCCUCAGCGGGCUCAUCCAGAUUGUUAACCCUGAAAACCCCAAAUCCAGCUCAGAUGAUGAGGAGCAACAGACGGAGCUUGAUGAAGAAAUGGAGAAUGAAAUUUGCAGAGUGUGGGAUAUGUCAAUGGAUGAGGAUGUGGCUUUAUUUCUUCAAGAAUUUAACGCUCCUGACAUAUUUAUGGGAGUAUUGGCCAAAUCCAAGUGUCCUCGAUUAAGAGAAAUCUGCGUGGGAAUUCUAGGUAAUAUGGCCUGUUUCCAGGAGAUAUGUGUAUCCAUCAGCAGUGAUAAAAAUCUUGGCCAGGUAUUACUGCACUGUUUGUAUGAUUCAGACCCUCCUACUCUGCUGGAAACAAGCAGGUUGUUGCUUACUUGCCUUUCCCAGACAGAGGUGGCCAGUGUCUGGGUUGAAAGAAUCCGGGAACAACCAGCUAUUUAUGAUAGCAUUUGCUUCAUCAUGUCAAGUUCAACAAAUGUUGACCUACUGGUGAAGGUGGGGGAGGUUGUGGACAAGCUCUUUGAUUUGGAUGAAAAGCUAAUGUUGGAAUGGGUUAGAAAUGGAGCUGUUCAGCCUCUGGAUCAACCCCAGGAAGAUUCUGAAGAGCAGCCGGUGUUUAGAAUUGUGCCAUGUGUACUUGAAGCUGCCAAACAAGUACGUUCUGAAAAUCCAGAAGGGCUUGAUGUUUACAUGCACAUCUUACAGCUGCUUACCACAGUGGAUGAUGGAAUUCAAGCAAUUGUACAGUGUCCUGAUACUGGAAAAGACACUUGGAAUUUACUUUUUGACCUGGUCUGCCAUGAAUUCUGCCAGUCUGAUGAUCCACCCAUCAUACUCCAAGAACAGAAAACAGUGCUAGCCUCUGUUUUUUCAGUGUUGUCUGCCAUCUAUGCUUCACAGUCUGAACAGGAGUAUCUAAAGAUAGGAAAAGUAGAUCUUCCUCUAAUUGACAGCCUGAUUCGUGUCUUACAAAAUUUGGAACAUUGUCAGAAGAAACCAGAGAACUCAGCAGAGUCUAACACAGAAGAAACUAAAAAGUCUGAUUUAACCCAAGAUGAUUUCCACCUGAAAAUCUUGAAGGAUAUUUCAUGUGAAUUUCUUUCUAAUAUUUUCCAAGUAUUAACAAAGGAGACUGUAGCUCAGGGACUAAAGGAGGGACAGUUAAGCAAACAGAAGUGUUCGUGUGCAUUUGCAAACCUUCUUCCUUUUUAUAGCCCUGUGGUGGCAGACUUUCUCAAAAUCCUACAAGAAGUUGAUGAGGCCCUUGCUGGUAACCUGGAGGAAAGCUUCCCAAGUUUGAAGGUUCAGACUUAAAAACUAUUGGAAUUCCUCUGCCCAAGAAAUAAACUUUAUUUUCCUCAUUGACAGUUAAAAUUGACAAAUGGGAAAUAUUAGACCAUAAUUUUUUUGUGUUGUUCUCAUAUCCUUCUCUUCCAGCCUUAUCCCAUUUUUGUUUGGCAUUGGAAUCAAAUUUCACUACCAUCAAACACCAUCCCACCCCUUUCCCCUCCUUUUUAAAAAUUGGUUAUGCAGUAUUUGUCUUCUUCAGGUAAAGAAAACAAAAUACAAGCUUAUCAUUGAGGUUCUUUUUACAAUAUUUGAGGGGUCGGUAAGGACUUUCUUUAUAACUCUCAAUUUGAUUUUUAUGUGAGAAUUUUGUACUCAUAUCCAGUACAAAUGCAUUCAGCUGCACUAAUAGAAAUCCCUACUAUAAUAGCUUAAUCUGAUAACUUUUAUGUAUUUCAUGCAAUAAGAAGGUGGGCAAUCCAGCCCUGAUAAUGUGGCUCAGGGACCUUAACUCCUUUUAACAAUCAAAAGUAGUUACUAGUUUAGCUUUGUUGUAGUUCAGGGUUUUUUCCCAGUGUUUUACAUAUGAAGAUAAAAGUGCUAACAUUCUGAUGAGAGCGUAUUAGCAAAAUUCUGUCUUCAGAGAAGAUAGAAUUCCAGUGGUUUGAUUUCAGAAAAUGGUUUGUUGAGUAAAUUCAUAUUUUUAAAAUUAAGAUUUGAGGGAGUUUCGUGACUUCUGAUUGUUUAUAACCUGUGCUAUACGUGAUAUCCCUCUUACACUUUAUCAUUCUUUAUAGUGCUUCCUAGUGAAGUAUAUUCAGAGAAUCAACCAGGUACUCUUACUGGGAAGCACCCAGUUUAUAUUAUUUGAGUUGCUGAAAGUGGAAUUUGUAAUAAAUUUUAAGAAAAUAUCAGUUAUGAAUUUAAGAGCCAGCUUAUUAAACCUCUCUUCUGGUUCAGCCUUUUCCCAAUUUAUUACAGAAUCUUUUAGGCUUUAAAGCAUUGGUCUUGCCUCACACUUUGUAUUCUUUCCUUGAGUGACUUCUGCUGAUAAAACAGAGGGAUACCUGCAGAAUAGGAAAUGGUGUUCAACAGUUCAUGUAAGAGAUACAGAAUUUCCAGUUUGGGGGUAGUUUUAUUGUUGAAAGUGUCCCUGCUGAAAAGAAUUGAAUUAUAAAAUUAAAAUCUUACAGAUUAAACUCUUAGUUGGUGAAUUUACUUUAUGUAUAUUUGUAUGUCCUCUGGUUGAAUGUGACUUUAAUGUGAGCUUUCAAAGGCACUGCUUAAAUCACUCCUACUUGCUAGCCAGUGCUAAAAAUUCCACUCUUGUUACCUCUUGAAGUUUAAGAUGCAGAUAACCCCAUAGGAGUAAUACUCCAAGUUAUUGUCAUGUUUACCUCAGUGCAUAAAUUCUCAUUCUGUCUUCCUGAGAACACAUUUUAAAGGGGGUCUGGGGGGACAAGGACCUUGAGUAUCUGAGGGAGAGUGCCACUCAGAAAGGGUAAGUUACAAGGGGAGAAAAAGGAUACAUCUUGGGGAGGCUAGGGUUUUUCAUGUUAUUUUUGCUUCCCAUUUCUGUCUUGAACUUGCCUUAUUUACUUGUUACUUGCUAUUGUAGCAUUAUGAGGAGGUUCAUAUUUUCAUAGUAAUUUGAUACAUUUAAAAACUUCCUAAACUAUGAAUUAUAAUAAAUAAUUUUUAAAAACAUGAGUGAUGUUAAAAUUUUUUCAGUGUACACAGUUUGAAGAAUUCACCAAAAAAAUUUUAGGGCUUGCAUCAGUUACAGUGAUAUUUUGAAAUGGUGCUUCUCCAGAAGCAUAAAUAAUGAAAUUCGGAAUUUUAUGUACAAAUGAAAUUGAAACUCACUCUCUCCCCCCAUACAUUUUUGCAGAGGAGGGAAGGAAUUACAAGAGAAACUUGAGUUAGCAAUUGUUAAAUAUGUCAUUCUAUUUCUAAUUAAAUUUGAGUUUGAUUUUUGCGGUAUUUAAACCACUUAAGACUGACACAGAAGACAUGUUCUCUCUCUGCCUUUUUAAUUUUUUUUCAAAGAUAUUUUAUUCCUUGCAGCUAAUGGGAUAUAGCUAAAUUGUUUUCUUGGCUGAUCCAGCUUUCUAGAUCAAAAGACUUUUUCCACUCUACCCUGAACAUUUCCCUUACCUUAGCUUUGAAUCGGUUACUCUGAAUAACUUUGGCAUGUAAGUGGAAAAAAGGUUGAAAGCCAUCUCUCAGCAUAUGUGGAAACCAACCAUAAACAUGAAGAAGCAACCUCUAUUUAGGGUUCAGAAAAUCUUAAGUGCAUAAACUGUUGAACACCAUCUUCUAUUCUGCAGAACUGGGCUGUGGUGAUGCUGGGUCUGAGAGUUAACUAUGAAUUUGAGUAAAUAGAAGAAAAGGAGUAUUGGGGUUAUACGUUAACUUGCCUGUUUUAGCUAGUAUGUAAAGAAAACUCAUCAGUAGCAUAUUUUCUAAAGAAAUAGGUCCAUAUUAAUUUAGAUCUGAUCUCUGUAUUCUCCUUGAGCGUAUAUUCUUGUUUUACCACUCUGCAACUCCAGUCUCUUCUCUGCUCCUGGCAGGCGUUUUAAGAUAGAGAAAAUAGGUAAACACCCCUCUUGAGUUAGUCCAUAUCAUUUUUAUUGCCAGUGUGUGGUUUAAUCCAAUAACCAUUAUUAGAAGUUACAUAUUUAUAGUGAAGUGGUAUGAUGUCUUGAAUUUACUUCAUAAUAGUCUGGAUGGAGGGGAAGGAAGUGAGUUAAGGGAGUAGAUAAAACAAGAUUGGCCAUGAAUUGGAGUUACUGAGGAUGGGUGAUGAUAACGGGAUUUGUUAUACUAUUCUAUUUUUGUAUAUGUUUGAGGUUUCCUAUUAAUGUUUUUAAAAGCAAGCAAAUGAUACCUAAAAAUUUAAACUUGAGUUUAAUUGUGAAUGAUGCUUAUUUCUUUUAUGUCUAAAUAAAACUAGAACUGUUGUAUUAGCAUUAAA